GGGUAAUGAGAAAGGUCUGUGAUCCACUUAUCUGUUACUCUAAGCUGCGGUGGCGUCAACUCCCUUGGGCACCAACACACGAGAAUACGAGAAAAUUAUACUCCUUGGGGGUUAGCACUCAAAAGUCAGUGACUGUUUAUCAGAAGGGCCAAGCACGUGCCCGUGUCGACCACCCACGACGACGACCACACCGCAUAUCAAGACCACGCCAUGAACCUUCUUGUACUGCGUGUGCCACUGGGAGACAUCAGCAAAUAUGAAUCCGAGUGACUCUGGAAAAGUCAACACGAUCCUACAUAAUCUGAGGGGCGAACAGUUCAGACACUCUCAGAAUAUCCAAGGAUCACGCAUCCAGGUGCAUCUUCGAGCAGGGUUGAUUCACAACUCUCCAACGCUGCCUUUCAAGCUGCACGACCAUGGCAUUGCUGCUACAGAAGCCGAGAGCACUGCAGAGAUGCCUCAGACGUGGUCGGGUCCGAAACCGCCAAAGAGCUGGCGCAUGGAAAUCACCAGUGCCAUGCGAGCAAACAUGCUUUCGCUUCUGCUCUCGGUAUCAUCGCAGGCCUCGGUGCCUUCGCUCACCCUCUUAUGUCUGAGGCGAAUUUCUUCUAUGCCCACAAACGAGUUCAUACACGACAUCAUACCCUUUGUUCCUCCCCAUUUGCGUUGCCAGCUUCUUCGCGAUACCGCGCUGCACUUCCCUCUGCCCAAUCCCAAGCUUUAUGCUCUGUGCGAACCUGAAGGAACCGCAGACGGAGAGCUGAUAAUCGUUGGUCCUACCCAGUCGCUGCACAAUGGCUUCUUUCUACACUCAGCCAGGGAAGGAGCUUAUCAGACGGCUUGGGAUGAAGAGGAAUGGAGUCCCAGUCCUUUGCACACAUUCAUUCUUCUCUCUACCCCUUUAUCAACCUCCACUUUACUCACCCUCUCGCCAACCAUAACACAUAUGGCACUGAUAAACCUGCCCAACGCCUUGCCUCUGCACCGUCUGCCUGGUAUCUGCCCCUUGCUUGUUGUGUUGGACCUAUCAUACAAUGUCUGGCUGCACCUUGCAUCCAAGGAGGCUACCAAAAUAUUAGAUCGCGUGCAGUGGAAUCGCUGGACACACUUACGGAAACUCGGGUUCAGGGACUGCUACGUUUAUGACGGUCUGCUAGCGAAACUGAACCAAGGUAAGUGGGAUGAUGUACAAGUCGUAUUAACCUAGUAUAGCUCCAUUUCAACCAUGCUCCGUUAUCAGGAUGAGAGUAUUCAUGAAUAUAUAUGAUGCGUGAUACAAUGCAGAAUGAAGAAUGUGAUGGGAAAAUGCAACGUCGU